AGUACGCCUCGACAAAGGUUCGUGCGUUAAGUUGGUCAAGUGAGCUUGACACGGACACCUCUGCGUUUAUUCAAAUAAGCGAGCUGCAAGUAGUUGAAGAGGUGUUGUGAACGAGGUUUUGGACAAAGCUCAGUGUUUUUGUUAAGAACAAUAACAUGAAUGAUUACACGCGUCACACCACUGGCUGCAACACUGACCCCUGGUCAGCAAACAGCGUUUCUUGGUUAAUGAUCGGCGAUGGUUGGUCACUGAGUAAAGGUUCAGUCGGUGCAGCCUGUGGGGUCAGAUGCUGCAAGUUAAAUCUAAACUGGGGACUUCAGACCCCUUUGCCUACAUGCAAACGUCCACUAUGUCCGACCUACACUGUUUGUGUUUGAUUACAGUUUGUGUGAAGUACAUCUGCUUUUACUGCAUCGCUCAGAAAUGAGGCCUUAAAGCCUGAAAGACCAAAAUAUGUGUUUGGAUCGAGUCGCAAUACAUUACAUGUUAUUUCGCUGACGCCUUCAUCCAAAGCGAUUUAUAAUGCAUUAUGACCCGUGCAUUUACAUUUUUGCCACGGGAGCAAUUAGGGGUUAGGUGUCUUGCUCAGGGACACUUUGACAUGGCACAUGGGGCAGCCGGGAUUUUAACCACCAACCUUGCGGCCCCCAGCGCACUGCACUGCACUGCACUGCACUACUCCAUGCGCCACCAUCUCCAUCACAAUGUUCUCUUCCUCUGCAGUUCCUUUGGUUUGGAGCUGCUGGCUCCUUCACACACUGUUAUAGAAAGUGCUCAGGAAGGCCAGGCCUUCAUUUGAGAAAAGGGUUAUGAUGGAAGCUAUACCCUGUGAUCACUGGUUUGACCCGAUGCUAUUAUCUAUUUUCCAAUAAGGUUCAUUAUGGCACAUUCUGAUACUGUUCAUUAGAAAUCAAUGUCGGUAACGGAUGUCUGUUUUUUUAUUUUUAUAAAUGUCUUUUAGCAUAUGUUUUAAACAAAUGCAUCAAAAGGCACAUUUUCAACCUUUUUGGUUUUAAAUGCAGGAUGAGCUGCCCUCUACGAGCCUGAACCGCUGCUGGAUAUGUACAAAAUAAAGAAUGCUGAUAAAGGAGACCGACGCACCCACAUGCCCACAUCAAAAUGACUCUCUCAAACUUCCCAAUUUUCAUUGCCCAUCCUCUUCUGCGCCGUCAGAAAACAUUGAAGGUAAACAAACAUGGCCUCAAUUUGCAUCCUCCUCAUUUUGACCGUCCCCGUAAUCAGCAUAGGAAAUGCAGCGACAGAAGAUUUUCCAAAUGUGAAAUGCAAGAAAGAAACGCUGGGACUUUACGGCCGCGAGUCACUCCUGGAGUGUGUUGUAGAAACCCCUUAUGACGACACAACGAUCCGAUGGAUCACCUGGAUAAAGGCCUCCCGUAUCGUGCUGGAUGUUGUCGACAAAAAGGUUAUCGCGCAGGAACCUGGGUAUUGGUAUGACCCGCCUUCUUCCUGGACUGGCAGACGCAUGACGGUGUACCUGCGCAUCAACAAAACCGAAGUAAAGCACGGCGGACCCUAUGAAGUCAAGGUGCUGACGGACCGCGGCCACUGCACCGACUCCACCACACUUCAAGUCACAGCCAAAUACCAAAAACCAACUAUCACCGAGGCCAAGAAUUCCAAUAACGGCCGUACCCUGGUAUGUGAGUCAGGUGGUGGCUUCCCAAAAGGCAAACUUCUCUGGUUCGAUGGCCACAAGGAGCUGAUCAGUUCCCCUCCAAUGGAGACGAACCAGUCAGGAAACGGCCUGUUUCAUCUCCGGAGCAUGCUGACCGUAGGAGGAGGAUCCUCGGAGGCCAACUACAGCUGCAGGGUGUUUAAUUUCAGCGGAGGCAGAGAGCAUGAGACUCAUUUUCCAGUUCUGGACUCAGCAGAAACUCAAGAACUGGGUCAGAACGAGGGGCCGAAUCUAAACACCAAAAUAGUGGCUCCUUUGGUGGUCAUCGGAUCGCUGAUCGUGGGGUUGCUCUUGUUGAUUCUCUACAGAAGGCGAUCUCAGAUGGCCCGAAGACAGUCCACUGCACCCCUUAUGGGUGGCCACCUUCAGGUCCCCACAGAGGACAAUGGAGGAGUCGGUGCAAGUCAUGAUCCUUAAUAACAAAUGUGUUUGCAUGCUAAUCUACACUAUACCGUUGUACUUUGCCCAUGUGUAUAUACCGUAUAACCAGGGAUAACUUUGUUUUACUGUGAUUACUAGACAACAUGCUAAAAGCAAUCAGGUUAUCAAUCAAAAGAAGUCAUUUGACUGAUAUUGAAUCUGCGACUCUGUGAUUCUACGGCGACCACAUGGAUAGAAACCUGUAACGUCACCAGAAACCGACUCAAAUGAGAUUAUUGGAUGUCAGGAAUCUUGUUUUUCGGUUUUUGGAAAAAACGAUUACAUAAAAUGAUUGUGCCCACGCAUUAACUGUAGCCUUUGGCAGCUUUAAGGAGUUGCCGUCUUUUUGUGUGCGUAUUGUGUGUGUUUGACCUGUUUUGUAGUGAGAUUUUUUUUUUUCAUUGUUUGCAUCAAAUCCUGCAUUUUGUACUUUUCUACUGUGCUGAAAUAAGAGACAUAAACUCUAUUUUUUAUUGCUGUCAACAAAUCCCAUGUAAAGAAAACAGUGGGUCUGACUGUAUAGACUGGUAGGAAUAAAGGUGCUACCUAGAAACAUGUUGGAUCACCAGCUGAUCUGCAUACAAACCUCUUUUUGAGUUUGUCAUUGAACCUUUUAUAAUGAAAUCAACCCGGCCAACUUUGAGUGCAGACGUACCCGUGAGCAGCCUGAGAACAGUCAGGCACAGCGAAUCACACAUCCUUUUUUUUUUUAAACCACUGAGAAAGGACACGGAGCAAAGACGCAUGAUCUCCAUUUGCUGGCUAAUGGAAAAAUUGUGUGUGUGUGGUAGAAGGAAGCCAAACGAUAUGCGUAUGUUCCAGUCGUGAAACUGUCUGUUUAACUUUUGGCAGCAAUGAGCCACUCGACUAGUCAAUGAAAACUCAGGCAGGUUUUUUUAUUAUCUGGCACCGGGUAUCAUAGAAAUUGGCAGGUCAUGUAGUUUCUGAACUGAGACGUGCUUAAUAAAGGAGCUUAUCAACAUGGCAACGUGUCAAAAUCAUCUGCGCACGGACAAAGAGUUAAUUAUUGACCCUGCGCAUUAUGAAAAACACGCCAUGAAAAAAAAAAUAUAACAGACUUCCUUAUACCAAGCGGUUUGGUGUUUUUUUUGUAUCCAUUAUUGUAAAUCUCUGAAAUUGUAAUGCUAUGUUUGGCGAAUACUGCUGUGACUCGUAUGAAUUUGAAACUGAUCUGUUAACUGUUUUAAUGUAAAUCAACACGUUUGUGUGAACUGUGUCUGUCUAAUGUGUGAAAGAUUCCUUUUUUUUGCUGUGCACUGUUGAUUUUAUGGUGUUCUCACUCGCCUUGUGUAAUAUAAUCAAACCAUUUGAUGUUUGUAACACCACUGCAGGUCAGACACCAAGCCUGCUGAAAGUAACUACUAAUUAAAAGGAAACAAUGAAAGGAUGUUUAACCAAACUAAUUGAAUUAUUGCAGAAAGCCGAGAAAUACAAGAAAGCUAAAUUGUCACAUGGAUUACUUUUAUGUGUCUGAGACCAUAAGAGUAAAAAUGAAUAUCUAACAACACACAGUCUACCGUUUUUAUUCAUCAUUUUAUCACUUAUUCGCAAUUUCUGACUAAUAAAUCACUGUUUCAUAA